GUUAGCUUCACACUUCGCUCGCAACUUCCCACUAAAAUCAAAUUUUAUACUUGUUUGCUUGCUUUUGAUUUAAAUUAUAAUAACAAUAAAAAACAAUAACAUUGGAAGCACUAAUUAGCGUAUUCUUAUUACCUUUUUAAAGUUUUGCAGUGUCAUUCGAACAGCAACAUGAAAUAAAUUCUAUUGAUUUUUUGAUGUGCAAUGUAAACAACGUUAAAAACCUACUAACUUGGAGUAUUUAAUCAAAAUUUCAAGUAAUAUUAGCAAGCAAAUAAAUGGCAAAGCAGGUGGCUGAUGUCCAGAUCCAUGCCUCGGACUCGCAGGAUUAUCUAGAGGAUGACAAUCUGGACGUAAGCGUUGAUCUUAUAGACGACGGGCUGUAUUUAGGAAAUCUAGCAUGCGCCAGAGACAACAAGACAUUAGAGAAGUUGCAGGUAACCCACAUAUUGACCAUAGAUGUGGUGCCUCUGCCACGGACAGCUCUCGACCGUACCAAUAUUACCUUUAAAUAUGUCAAAUUGGCUGAUGUGCCCAAAGAAGAUUUGAUAAGUCACCUGCCUGAAACUAAUGACUUCAUCAAAGAAGCUGUCUCUAAGGGGGGCACGGUGUUGGUGCAUUGUUACUUUGGAGUGUCCCGUUCAGCGGCGAUAGUGAUAGGUUACAUAAUGGAGAAGUACGGUCUGUGCUACGAGGACGCGUUCACGCUGGUGAAGAGCAAGCGACGGUUCAUCAGCCCCAACGUGGGGUUCGUGGCGCAACUGAAACUUUUCGGCCAUAUAGGUUUCAUGCUGAACAAAGAGGACCCUAGAUACAAGCAGUUUAGGUUGAAAAUGGCUGGGCAAAAAUUAAAGCAAGUGAAAAUUCUGCCGCAAAUGUUUGCGGAUCUGGUGAAACCGGACCCAGGCUUGAUACGCGAGAGACCCGAUCCUAUCGUGUACCGAUGCAAGAAGUGUCGUCGCAUAGUCGCCAGUCAGAACAAUAUCAUACCCCACAUACCGAAACAGGUCAAGGUGGAGUUAGCCAAGAAAGGCAUCCGACCGCCUCCCAGCAAGCUCACAGGCUUGAAUUGUGCUGAAAACGGAGAGAUCCUUUUGGAAAAGCUGAAGAGUCUCGCCUGUCAGAUCUUGGACACAAAAGUUGAUACGUACAGCGACCUGAACAGUCCGGGACAGAGCAACAGCCAGAAAAGCGACAGCAAUCACGAGAGUGACGAGGGACCUAGUCAGGUGUUAGAUGGGUACAGCGAGGGCAAUAUGGUGGACGCGAACAUAGCGGCCCGCGACGCGCCCGAGGUCUGCCGGCUGAUGUGGUUCGUGGAGCCGAUGGCCUGGAUGAAGGAGGUGCAGCACGACACGCAGGGCAAGCUGCACUGUCCCAAGUGCCAGAACAAAAUCGGCAGCUUCAACUGGGUCAUGGGUUGUAAAUGCCCGUGCGGACAGAAGGUGGCGCCGGCGUUCUACCUCGUGCCUUCCAAGGUCGAAUGGUCCAACAUAGUGCAAAACGUACAGGUUACUGUAUGAAGAAACCACAAAUUUUACUGUGAUGCCAACAUACUAGUGAGACACUUGUAUAAAGUUUACUAGACAAAUAGUAGAAAAAAUUUUAGGUAACGGGCUCGAGUCAUUGUGAAUAAAAAAAACUAUGCAACCAGUUCAUUGAAUUUAAAAGUUUAACACUUUCGUGAGAUCUAUUGAUAUUUAUAUUUGAAAUUAGGGUAUAUUAUUAACACUUGUACAACAUUACGAACCAUCUAUUUUAUUGUGUUGGUUAUUCUAAUUGGUUGCAUAGAAUUUUUGUCUAGUUUCGUCACAUAAGAGUGCCGACUUUAAAAUAACGUAGAGACUUCGACUCUGUGGUAGUUUGAUCCAGGCCAACAACAAAAAGCAAUUUUAAGAGUAUGUGUGUUAAAAAAUGUUGCCAUGAGAAUUGCAAUUAGAAUCGCGUCACUAUAUUAAAUUAUUGAAGGAUGGUUUCAUAGCUGGUAGUGUGUUGUAAGUAGGAAUUAAUAUCUUUUUUGUUGGUCUGACGGUACAAUCUGUACUUACUGGUAUAUAAUUUAAAAGCGACGUUUGAAAGAGCCCUCAAGGGCUAAACCACGAAAUAAAAUACUUGAAUUUCACCCGAGUCGAUAGAUACUUUAUUGUAUAUGCUGAUCGACAAUGUCAAAUAUGUACAUUCUAGAUUUUAUCUGAAAACAUACACUUUCAGAUUGGUGCGAUAGAAAUUUUAUCAAAAUCGGUUGAGUAAGUUUAAUUUUUAUUUUAUUUAUUAGGCGCACAUAACAGAAGUUUACAAAUACAAACUUAAAUUAUAACAUGCAAGUACAUUAAUGUAUUGAUCAGGUAAACUUGCCACAACAUGUGCACACAGCAUGAUCCAAUAAUAAAUGCGACUGCAACAAAGCCAUUAGGUUGCAACUAUUAGUGAAAAAAUUAAACAUAAAAAUAAACAUAAAGAAAGUUAAAUAAAAAACAAAACAAAAUUAUAUAAGAAAUUUCUAAAUAUUACAUUAUUUUAUACAAUUGUCUGCGAUAUUGAUUAUAACUGAGUACAAAUAUGUCAAGGUCAUUUUGAUGAGCGUCAUUAUACGAUCAGGUCACACGCAUGGAAAUAAAUAUAUGAUUUUAAAUUAAUUGGUUUUGCUAUAACUAAAGUUCGGUUUUUAUAAACACAAAAUCUUAAGUUAUUAAAAAAAAUACUAUGUGAUUAUUGAUUAUUUAUUAAUUGAUCGAUUAUUUGUAGUUUAAUAAUAAUUUAUUUGCCAGAACCAUAGAUAAUAUGAUGGUACAGUUUAUUUUUUAACGUUCACUAUGUUUCGCCAUUUAAAUCAAACUGUCGGUUAUCAGGCAACAUUGUCUUCUAUUAGUUGCAGAAUUUAUUGUAAACGAAUGUGUUUCGAUGAAGCAUGUUAAAAAUGUAUUAUUUAUUUUAUUUAUUCAUUAGUACAUAUAUGUGUACAUGGCGGACUUAAUGCUAAAAGCAUUCUCUCCCAGUCAACCAUAGGCAAGUGUCAGAAUACUCGAAUGCGGUACUAGUAAUUAUUGAUAUACAUACAUACCAAAAUUACAUAUAUAAACGAAUAAAUAUAUAUGAAUAACAAAUAUACUCACACAUAUAUGAUAUAUACUAUAUUAUACACGAAUUUGGGAAUAAUAUAAAGCACUUACUGCUUGGAUAAAGAUAAAAAGUGAGCGUGAACGCUUUUUUUUUAAAGACGGUUUAGUAAAUAGUAGUUUAAUGUAAAUAUUUUUAUUUACAGAGGCCUAUGUCCAGC